GCAAUCGUUUUGAUGCUCUCAAACACGGCUUUUGUUUUGGGAGCUUUUAGCGUAGGGGUGUCAAACUCAUUCCAUGGAGGACCUAUUCGUGUCUGCCGUUUUUUUCCUUCUUUUCGAUUAAGACCUAGAUAACCGGCAGGAGAUCAGUGCCAGAAUGGUUGUGCUGUCUAAAGAAUAUGGGUAUGUGGUUCUCACUGGUGUUGCCAGCAUGGUCAUGGUUGCCCACCUCGCUGUGAAAGUUGGCAAAGCUCGCAAGAAGUACAAGAUCAAUUACCCUCAGAUGUACAGCAAUGAUCCAGACUCUGGAAAUAUCUUCAACUGCAUCCAGCGAGCCCAUCAGAACACCCUGGAGAGCUACCCUGCUUUCCUCUUCAGUCUGGCCAUUGGUGGUCUGCAUAGUCCUCGCCUAGUCAGUGGACUUGGAAUGACAUGGGUUAUAAGCAGGGAGAUCUAUGCAUACGGAUACUCCACUGGAGAUCCUAAAAAAAGGAUGCCGGGGUUAUCCGGGAACAUUGCUCUGCUGGGCAUGAUUCUGACCGUAGCCAACUUUGGCAGAACCCUGUUAGGCUGUGGUGACUGGGUGAGGCCUGGGAUGAGACCAGGAUGAGGUUCUCAGCUCCCUUUCCCGCUGCCAUUCCUGCUACCAUUCCUCAGUGAGAGGCACUGCAACCCCACCUGACCCCAGUCUAUUAGUAGUUGUAGGAUGUCCUUUGUGGGCAUCCGUACUUGUGUAUGAUAUGUACAGACAGAGUUCAGUAAACAUUUGGAAAGAGAUGACCACGACGGUUAGUUUAUCAUUCCAUAACUACCACACCACGCCAACUCCUCCCAGACCCCCUCCUCAACACUGAUAGGCCCAAAUAAGCUGUUCAUGGUGCUUCACCAGCUACUCUUUGUUAGAGUGUGGACUUUUUUAUGCAUAAUGUUGCCAAAACUGUAUUCCACAGGAGGUUGGUGGCACCUUCAUUGGAGAGGACAGGCUCGUGUUAAUGGCUGGAGCAGAAUUAUUUGGAAUGGCAUCAAACACAUAGUUUCCAGGUGUUUUAUGCCAUUCCAUUCUCUCCAUACCUGCCAUAAUUAGGAUCCGUCCUAACCGUAGCAUCCUCCUGUGCUGUAUUCUAAAUGAAAUUCUAAUGUAGAAAAUGACCAUGGAAAAUGGGCUUAAAUAACAUUUCUAAGUUCUAUCAUGGACUUGUGUUUUAAUGUUUGUAUUCAUGGGCGUGAGGUGUGUGUGUGUGGAGAAUAAGGAGAUGUUAUUGCUUCAGAAGAACCAGAGUGAACCAAGAGGUUAAUGUGUGUGGUUGUCCUCAUUGAUCUGCAUAGUUGUCCUAAGUUUACACCUUUUAGUCAUUUAGCAGACUCUUGUCCAGAACGACUUACAGGAGCAAUUCGGGUUAAGUGCCUUGCUCAAGGGCAUAUUGACAGAUUUUUCAACUAGUUGGCUCGGGAAUUCAAACCAGCAACCUUUUGGUUAUUGGCCCAACUUUUGUUACCGCUAAGCUACCUGCUGCCCCAUCACCUCUAAGCCUACAUGCAGGAACAAUAAAUGCCUUACUAUUA